AUGCCAGAGCCUCGUCGGACUCGAAUUCGAUCAGUCCGAUCAAAACCCUCGAAAGAAGCCAGAACAGAGUUUGUAAUCCAGCGGCGACACCGUGAGAUCGUCUGCAACCAUGUACUGGACCUUUUCCUUCGCGACCAAUUCGGUGAACUGCACUACCUCGUUCAUAUCCCCACGACAGUAAACACAGCUAGUACAUUUGUCGAGCCCGCACUUCACGUGCCUGCGAUUGUCCUUGCAGCUGUAGAGCUGUCUGCUAAAAUUUUGGCUGGGAAUCAGCUGCGCAAAAUGGGGACGUAG